AUGGCGACGGCUGUUGAGCCCGCAUCCAACGGGGCAUAUGAUCACGUCUUGAGACCGCGACCGCGGAAGCCAGUGCAUUCACAGCUGUCGCAUGUUAGCAACUUGUCUGACGAGAGCAAUGGGCACCUUGACGUACCUGAGAACGGCGCCACCACCGGCAUGACGAGCGGACGCUCAACACCGGUACCAGAAGAUGCACCACCAUCAGCAAAGUCACUCUCCUCCGCUCGAAAACAGGUCCGCGCCGAGCAACGGCGGCGCAUCUUUCCGACCAUCGAAUUCGCCUCACGAGUGUCGCACUUUGAUCCCAACUCCGAUUAUCGAGAUUUCCAUGGCUUCUUUAAUCUAUUUUGGAUCGGGCUGGCCAUUAUGGCUAUCACAUCCAUGCUACGCAACAUCAAAGAGACAGGAAACCCCAUGAGAGUACAGAUUUGGGGCUUGUUUACCAUAAAGCUAUGGCAUCUCGCACUCGCGGACUUCGCCAUGGUGGCUAGCACGGCGGUCUCAUUUCCACUCCAGAAGGUCUUCCGUCGAGCUCAGUCCGGAAGCGCGAUGACUUGGGGCAAGGGCGGUAUGGCGUUACAGAGCAUCUACCAGGUGGCGUGGCUGACACUGUGGGUUGCGCUGCCGUUCAUCCUUGAGUGGACAUGGACGGCACAAGUCUUUUUCUUGCUGCACACAAUGGUGCUGUUGAUGAAAAUGCACUCCUAUGCAUUCUACAACGGACAUCUAUCGGAGACUCAGAAGCGUCUCCAGGAUCUCGACAAUCCGUCUACGGCAUCCAAAGAACCCGCCUACUUCUACCCAACUCCCGACAAUCCGAGUGGCACUGUUGUUAGCCCUAGGCGGGCGGAGUCUGCAGGCAAGGGAUUGGGAACCGGAGAUGAUGACGAGGUUGUGCAACUACGUGAAGAUCUUGCCCGUGAGCUCACGAGCCCCAUGGGCAAUGUCACUUACCCGCGUAACCUGACGUGGUCAAACUAUAUCGACUAUCUCUUGUGCCCUACGCUCUGUUAUGAGCUGGAGUACCCCCGCAACGAGUCCAUCGACUGGCAGAACUUGAUCUCCAAGAUAAUUGCAGUGUUCGGCUGCAUCUUCCUCCUGACAAUCAUCUCAGAGGAGUUCAUUCUGCCUAUCCUAGCCGGCUCAUCCGCGCGUCUGGCCAGCCAGCCCAGUGCGACAGAAACGCUGCUGAUCCUGGCCGAGUCGGUCUCCUGGCUGCUCUUCCCAUUCAUGCUGACCUUCUUGCUCGUCUUCCUGGUCAUCUUCGAGUACGUGCUUGGCGCCUUCGCGGAGAUCACCCACUUCGCCGAUCGCCAUUUCUACAGCGACUGGUGGAACAGUACCGACUGGAUGGAGUUCUCGCGCGAGUGGAAUGUGCCCGUGUACAGCUUCCUGCGUCGCCACGUCUACUCUGCCAGCCGUUCCCACGUCGGCAAGCCCCUGGCCACCGUCAUCACCUUCCUCAUCAGCGCCGUCGGCCAUGAGAUCGUCAUGGCAUGCAUCACCAAGAAGCUGCGCGGCUACGGCUUCGUUUGCCAGAUGCUGCAGCUGCCCAUCGUCGUGCUGCAGCGCACAAAGUGGGUGCGCGGCAAGAAGACGCUCAACAAUGUCUGCUUCUGGUGCUCCAUGAUCCUGGGCUUGAGUCUGAUCUGCUCGCUCUAUGUUCUUGUCUAA